GGCACUCCUCCGGCACUCCUCCGCGGGCGGCGGAGCCGGCGACGCGCGACGUGCGGACCAUCGUGCGCUGCAUGUCCGAGAACGUCCUCGCCGGCGUGCACUGCGUGUUCGGCGGCCCUGCCGACGUGCUCGCCGGGGUGGCGAGGCCGCCGGAGGUUGUGCUCGCCGAGAGGUUCGGCGCCACCAUCGAGGCGACGCUCAGCGCGAAGAGCACGCACUUGCUCCUCCCGCCCGCGCUGCUCGCGCCGCGCGCGCUCGCGCAGUGCCGCAGGACACAGGAGAUGCUCUCGCACGCUCGCUCGCUGGGCAUCGAGCCGACGCUGCACCGAGUCGACUUGCGCUGGCUGCUCGCGUGCGUCGCCAACUGGAGCCACUUGCCGGAGGCGGAGUGGACGACACUCUCGGCCGGGGACCCGCUCUGACGCCCGCGCACACGCGUCUCCUGCCGGCUCUCGACUGCCGGCAUGCAGCCGCGGCGCCGACAGGGAGCGGGCGGGCAGCAGCGGCCUGGUGACGCGAGGUCGUGCUGCUCGACACGCCGUCGGGUGCGUGCUCUCGCCCCGGGCCACCCGCACUUCCUUCCUUCUGCGUCUCGUUCACUCUCGCGGGCCGCGCUCCCUUGGAUCCCUCUCAGCUCCCAGAUCUGUUGACGCGGCAAGAAGUUUGUGGCAUGUGCCCCGACCCCUUUAUCAAUAUCAUUGAUAAGAUCAUUG